CAACAAUUCUAAAAAGUUGGUGAUCGACUGCCUGGUUAACCAACUGAAGUUAUAGAAAGUGUUAAAGUUGCAGAAUUUUAAAGCAUGCCAAUCUUUCAAUCGACCUUCUCUUUAAUCAUUCACUUAAGUUAAAAAAUAAUAAUUUUACCGUUGAAACAACCUUAUUAUUCUAUAAAAAAUUUUACACUGUUAAUUAUUAAAAUUUAAUUUUAACUUUAUUUUCUAUCAAUUAGCCGCUGAUGGUGCUCAUACUUUUAACUUUAGCUUUAUUUUUCAUCAAUUAACCGUUGAUGAUGCUCAUGCUCGUUCCUAUUGGUAAGGCGUAGGUGGCUGUUGGAAGGCUUUUGGGAGUCACGAGUGGAGUGGUGGUUGGCAUCUUCUGAAGAUGUCGCGUCAAGUCAACGUGACAAUGUGUAUUAUUUUUAAGUCGUUUUUUGUCUUUAGUCUCCUGAUAUUCUUGGUUGCUAAUUUAACAUUUUAUUGGGCAAGUAGUAGGUCACAUGGAUUGUCACACAAAUUUUAAUCAUAGUACUAUUUUCUCUCUCCACACGAGAGUGUGGAAGAUCCUUCUUUUCUCAGAUUCCAUUACAAUAAGUUAGAUGUUGAAUGAUACUUUUUUUCUUUAAAAAAUUAAUUUCACCAUUUUAAAUAUUUGUAUGAUCAUCUUCAAUGAUUCAUCAAAUGCAUCAUCAAAUUUUAAUUUGAUGAAAAAGAGAUAUUUUUUAUGUUUCAAUGAUUUCAUCAAAACGGUAUCAAAUUGAGAAAAUGUGAAAUGUUUCAUCAAACUAAAGAUCUGAGAAGCGUUCACCAGUUUAUUGUGCGUAGACGUUGGGCGCGCGACCCACUGGACGACCGGCUGAACUUCUGGCCGAUGAUCCCCUCGGUCAUCCGGUUAAUCGAACACUUGCCAAAACAUAUCUAGAUUUUGAUAUGCUUUGAGGACGUGGGUGUUCAUAUAUUGAGCUAUGCCUGUAUGUCAUGGAUUUGUAUCCAAAGACUCCUAUUCCAUUCCAUUCCUCUCUUCGCCGCUUUCUCUCUCCCACCACAAGGAUCUACGAGUUGCCUUACUUUCUUGGCCUUUUUCAGUCCAAUACCGAUGACCCAUUCACUCCCAUCACAAGGUCCUUGCCAUGGCUAAACAGUCUCAAAAACCGCCUUCACAAACCACCCACCACAAGCACACCAAUCGUCUUGCUUCCGAACACAAUCCGUACCUUCUUCAACAUGCUCAUAACUCGGUGUACAUAUAUUCCAGCGGUAGCAGAUUGGCACAAAGGCUCAUAUUUGGUGAUACGAAUUAUGGGGACUUAAGAAAAUACUUGUGUGGAUUUUUCGCUACCAUAGUGAGGAACAAGAAAGAAACAAGUAGUUAUGUUGAAAUAUCAAAAUCUAUGGGAGCAGAUAGGCCAUCAGAGAUCUUAUUUGUGACUGAUGUCUAUCAAGAAGCUAUAGCUACCAAGGCAGCAAGUAAGAUGCUUAACUUUUGAUCUUUUGGAAAGGUUUGGAGGUGAUAAUUUCUGUGCAGCCAGGAAAUGAACCUCUUUGAGAAUCAUAGGUUCAAGACAGUCAACCCAUUUUCAGAGAUCUAAGAUUUAGGUGUGCUCCCUGUAAGCUUACUUUAACAUGACAUAGUUAUAAUUAAUGAUGAUAUACUACAUCAAUAAACAAAUUCCCUUCCUAAUAAACUUGCUCAGUUAAUGACUUGGCUGGAUUUUUAUUUUUAUUUUGGUUGGCUAUGCUUGUUUUAUUUCUUGUUUAACUCUGGCUAUUGACAAGUGAAAAUUGGGGAACAAAU